AGUGUUUAUUUUUAGCUUUCGCGUGUAGUGCUGAUUGUGUAAUAUGUUGAUAUCUGUUGUCUAAGAUAUGGCACAAAGUUGCAAGCAAUGUUUGAAUACUAAUUUAUUAGUAAUUCUCACGUUACUUGGUGGAGCUAUUGGUUUAUCUGUGGGAUUUUCUUUAAGGAAAUGGACAUUAACGAAAGAUACUCUGCUAUGGAUAGGAAUACUUGGGGAAAUGUACAUUCGUAUGCUGAAAAUGAUGAUUGUUCCUUUGAUGGUUUCUUCUAUAAUUACAGCAACAGCAUCCCUCGACUUGAAAGCCAAUGGUAAAAUAAGUGCGGUCUGUUUGAUAUUUACAAUGGUGUGUAAUUUGCUGCCAAGUAUUUUAGGUUGCAUCCUUUGUGUAAUAAUAGAACCAGGAAAAAGUGUCCAUAUAUCAACAGAAUUUGCAACUGUUCACGAUCAAAGUACAGAAACACAGGAUAUAUUUGCCGAUCUUUUAAGAAAUGUGUUUCCUGACAACCUUAUUGUAUCGACAUUUGAACAGGCACACACAAAAUACAGGAUUGCUGAAAGAAAUCUAAGUCUAGUCAAAAAUGAAUCAAGCUUUAUAACAAUAAUUAAAGAAAAAGAAAAAAUACUUGGGUCUGCAAAUGGUACAAAUAUAAUUGGAUUGAUAAUAGCAAGCAGUAUAUUUGGAAUGGCAACCAGUGCAACAAAGGAACACGGUAAAGCCUUCUACAACUUCUUCACCUCAGCUACUUGUGUCAUUCUACAGAUGUUGCGAUGGCUUAUUUGGUUUACACCUGUUGGAGUAGCUAGUCUUCUUGCAAGGACAAUAGCUAGCUCAGCAGACACAAGUGAUGAGUUCCGACACCUAGGCAUGUUUAUAGCUACAGCCUUGCUUGGGUUUGCUUUAUGGUCGUUAGCAGUUGUUCCAUUGGUUUAUUUCAUCAUUUACAGAUCAAAUCCAUUCCGUUUUCUCUUCACACUGGUUGAACCAGUCUUAAUAACUUUUGCAACAAGUAGCACAGCCAUUGCAAUGCCAGAAACAUUGCACAGCUUGGAAGUGAUAAACAAACUAGACAAAAGAGUUACCAGGUUUGUCGUGCCAUUAUCGGCCUCUAUAGGUAGGAGUGGCACAUGUCUUUAUAUCAGCAUAUCAUGUUUGUUUGUUGUACAACUAGUUGGAAUGGAACUAACAUUUACAAGACUUGCCCUAGUAUGUAUUUUAUCAACGAUAUCAGCAUUAGCUAACCCACCUGUAACUGGUGCCAGUCUUGUCAAUAUAAUCAUCAUACUAACAGCAUUAGAUAUACCACCAGAGGCGGCUUCCUUAUUAUAUGCAUUUGAUUGGCUAUUAGACAGAUGUAGAUCAAUAACCAAUCUAUUUUCACAUGCUCUUUGUGUUGUUGUCACUUAUGAACUGAGUAAAUCGGCAUUGUCUGAAGAUAAUCAAGAAGUCACAGAACAUAUAUUAAACACAGAGAUAACAAUUUAAAUUAUGUCUUUUUUUAUUAUUGAA